CAUCUCUCUCCCUCUCUCUCCUCUAUAAUACGACCCUCCCUCCCGUUUCCUUGGUUUGUUCGCCUCCCGUUUCUCCGUAACCGUCGUCGCAGAGAAGUAGUGAGUGAGUGAGAGAUCUGUGAGCGAUGGGUCUGCUUCACAAGCUGUGGGACGAGACGUUCGCCGGUCCCACGCCCGAGUCCGGCCUCGGCAAGCUCCGCGGGCACCGCUCGUCCUCCGCCGCCGCGGGAUUGGCGGACCCGGCUGCCCCGUUUUCCCGAGGCGCCGGCCUCGUCAGUCGAAGAAUCACCAUCGUCAGAACCAGGAACCAGGGCGGGAUGGUUGGCCCGGAUUCGGUUCCAGAGCCUCCCGCCCUGUCCAGUAGCAACCCGGGAACGCUCCCGUCUCCAGCUGGUACGCCGCAGGGGGAUAACGAGAAGUUAACGAGGAGAAAAGCCUCCCAGGCAUUACAAAAGGCAGAGCCUAGAAGUCCUACGGUUUUUGAUUGGAUCUUGAUCAGCGCUUUGGAUCGUUAAUGGAUGGAAGGAAAGGGUUGAUCUUCAUACAAGAAUACCCACAUAGACAUCUAUCUACAAUAAGAUGUUUGUCAAUGCAGAACGAAACGAGCUCAGAGUCAGAUGAAGAGUGUUCGAUCUCGAAUCAACCUGAUCCUUACCGACGUUUCCGAGAGAGCCGCUUUUUUGGUCAUUUUCCUUUUCGUUGAGCUUGAUCUCCUGUACAUAGGGCUGGCGCCUUUUGAAGAUUUUGUUUUUCCUGGUUCUCUGUAAAUGCUUCUACUCGGAUUGCCCCUCUAAUGGUAUUAAUGGUUUGACGUUUGCAUAUG